CAUUCAAUGGACUCCAAGCUCAAAACCUUGCUGCAUUUUUUAGUAAUCAUUAUCAUUCAAUCUUACCUUUCUCAUUCCAAAUCAAUCAUUAAAAGACUUCCCGGGUAUCCCGAUGAUCUUCCUUUCAAACUUGAAACCGGAUAUGUGGGCAUAGGGGAGAAAGAAGACGUAAAAUUGUUCUACUAUUUUGUUGAGUCAACUAGAAAUCCAGCACAAGACCCACUCAUAGUAUAUUUUCCUGGUGGUCCUGGAGCUUCUGCUUUAUUACCCUUCUUUUAUGGAAUAGGUCCACUUAGCAUCAAAUGGGAUGCUGCCUUAGCUAAUACCACUUUAAAAUUGAAUCCAAAUGCAUGGACUCAGAUUGCCAAUAUAUUAUUCAUCGAUAUACCUGCUGGAAUCGGUUUUUCAUAUGCUGAGUCUAAGAAAGGAUGGAUUAGCAGUGAUAGUAUGUUAGCUACCCAAGCUAAUGAGUUUAUUAAAAAGUUUCUCAUAGAUCAUCCUAAGUUUUUGAAGAGUCCGUUAUAUAUAGGGGGGAAUUCUUACAUUGGCGUUGUCGUUCCAAAAAUCACUCUAGAACUAUAUGAAGGUAAUGAACGUGGUGAACAACCAACAAUAAAUAUUAAAGGUUACAUUCUAAUCAGUCCUUUAACGCAUAAGUUUAUGGACUUCAAUUCGAGAUUUGAAUAUGCUCACCGUAUGGCACUCAUAUCAGAUGAUAUAUACAAGUCAGCAAUAGCGAAUUGUCAAGGUAAUUAUGUAAAUGUCAAUUCGGCCAAUUCACUCUGUGCACAAAAUCUGCAAAGUUAUGAAGAGUGCACAAGUCAUAUAAAGCUUGAUAACAUCUUAGAACCAUUUUGUGACGUAGAUGAUCCAACGCAAGAUUGUGAUGAUGAUUUUAUGAAGGCUUUAAAAAGCUGGGGAAACACUGCCGAUGUACAAAAAACUCUCAAUAUUCGUCAAGAAACAAUUGGAAGUUGGGAGCCGAUCAACAAUACUAUUCAUUACUUACUAGGAAAGAAUGACACAUUUUGUUAUUCUUAUGAUAUUUUUAGUAGCUAUUUCUACCAUAAGAGAUUAACUGCUAAAAAUUGUCAAGCUUUAAUCAUAAGUGGCGACCAUGAUAUGACAUUUCCAUAUGUUGGAGUGGAGCAAUGGAUAACUGCACUUGAUCUCCCAGUUGAACUCCCAUGGAAACCGUUCUAUGUUGAUGGUCAAGUCGGAGGAUAUGAAAUGAAAUAUGCUCGGAAUGAGUAUACAUUAACGUAUGCUACAGUUAAAGGUGCAGGACAUUGCGUUCCAUCUUACAAGCCUAAAGAAACGGUGAUAUUGACACAGAAUUGGUUUUCUUCUUCGAAUACUUAUUCAAGUGGGAUGUUAAAACAAUUAGAGAAAACAUUUGGGAUGUGAUGCAUUAUGAAUGUGUUCUAAUAUGAAUAUGUUUAUUUAAGUUGUGAUCAUUAUAACUAGGUGGUUUGUGUGCCACCCAAUUGAUAUUUCUUUACUGAGUGCUAAACUAGAUCUUUUUUUUUUCCAUACAAUGUAUAUAGUAAUGCAGAAUUUGCAAAAUUAAAACAUGUUUCUAUUUUAUUUGUUUGGAGUUUCGAAUA